AUGGCAGACGCAAAAAGCUUGACCGACCAAGUCGAACACUACGAACCUGAAGAUCUCAAAUUUCAACAAGAUGGAGAAGUUCCGUCCCCAGCAAGCCGUCGUGGAUUAUUCGACGAAGGAGUCGAGAAGCUGGGCGUCAAGGCGUCACGAAAACUCGACCUAAUUGUCAUGCCAGCAUUGACUAUCAUCUAUAUCCUCAACUACUUAAGUGAGUCUUCAGAGCGCAGUCCUCCAACACCUCAGCUGAAGAGCGCGCAGACAGACAAACAUAGCGGCGUCAAAACUGGCGAACAUCAUCGAAGAUCUCAAUCUUUCAGUCACGGAGUACAAUGCUUUGCAUCAGCGUACUUUUCGCUGGUUACAGUAUGCCAUUAUCCGAAGCGGCGACUAG